UGUUGUUAUGUUGAGAUCCUUUGACGAAGACCGAGUGCGAAUCGUGUGAUUAACAUUCCUCAUCCUGACUCCUGGUCACAAUCACGGAAAAUCCCCUGCACCUACAGCCGUCAUCCAUACCAUACUUGCAUGUACCCUCUCGCCCCUCGUAUCUAAUCAGGGGACCACCCAGCAUAUCACUACUUUGCGCCUCUGGUUAUAUCGCACUCAACGUUGGGACGAACAGAAACUCAGCGGCCAACACCAUCUCCAACCCGCCGACCAUUCCUACCAAUAUCUAUCCUCGAACACCGGUAGUUGGCGCAUGAGAGCAUCGACCUCGCAUCGGAUACACCAACCUUUGUGCUUGGCCUUGGGCCCCUCACAUUCGCUCGUUUUUCGCAAAUCAUGGACACCAUCAUUUCCAUAGGGGAGAAACUGCUGUCCCUGAGGGCGGAAGAGUCCCCAACGGAAAGGCUGCUGGAGCUGCUGAAGAAUCCCUUUAGCUCCCAGGUAUGGAAAUGCCCCUUUCAUCCAUUCCUUUGCUUUCUUUCCGAGAUCCUAGAUCCGUUGUCUAACUGUUUGAUAGCUGGCACAAGAAUCCGUCCUCGCGGGUUUGGGUACCUCCGUUGGCUUCACACUCGUCCUCGCCGUCGGUUUCUCCCUCCUGCGGCCAUAUAAUUCUCUCGUAUACGCCCCAAAGCUCAAAAUAGCGGACGACAAACAUGCGCCGCCGCCGAUGGGAAAGGGGAUCCUGGCGUGGGUUGGUCCAAUAAUGAAGACAAAGGAGCAGGAGUUGAUCGGAUUGAUCGGACUGGAUGCGACAGUGUUUUUGCGAAUCCUACGCAUGUGUCGGAACAUUUUCUUGGUGGUAGCGUUUCUUGGUUGUGGGAUCUUGAUUCCCAUAAAUCUGGUCAAGGGCGACAAAUUUAAGUAUCAGAGUUGGCUCAGCAGACUGACGCCUGUCAAUACGCGCGGGGAACCUAAUUGGGGCAUGGUGAUAUGUGCGUGGCUGUUCAACAGCGUGGUGUCCGGUUUUUUGUGGUGGAACUAUAGGGUAAUUCUAAGGCUACGGAGACAGUACUAUGAUACACCCGAAUACCAGGCUAGUUUGCACGCGCGAACACUGAUGGUAGGAAGAAUGCCCUGACAAGCUGAACUAAGCUCACUAAGCGUUGUCUAGAUUACCGAUAUCCCAAAACCCGUUUGCUCUGACGAGGGUAUUGGAAGGCUGAUAGACGAGGUUGUACCGACGUCGUCUUUUUCUCGAACUGCCAUUGCCAGAAAUGUAAAGGAACUCCCAGAAUUAAUUGAAGAGCAUAAUAAGACUGUCCGAGAACUCGAGAAGUAUUUGGCUAGACAUCUCAAAAACCCGGACGUUCUCCCGCCAAAACGACCCCAAUGCAGACCAUCAAAAAGAGACCCGUCUUUCGGAACAUAUCCGAAAGGAGAAAAGGUAGACGCAAUUGAAUAUCUCACCGGACGAAUUAAAGAACUCGAGAUCGAAAUCAAAGAAGUGCGCAUGACUAUUGAUAGCCGAAACCCCCUGCCCUAUGGCUUUGCUAGUUUCGAAUCCAUAGAAGAAACCCAUAGCAUUGCAUUUGCUGCAAAAAAGAAACAUCCCCAAGGAACUAAAAUUGUAUUGGCUCCUCGACCGAACGACAUAAUCUGGAGAAAUCUUCCUUUGAGUAAAGCUCAAAGACGUCGACGACGUACCAUCAACAACCUUUGGGUCGCGCUCUUGACCGUCCUCUGGAUCGCGCCCAAUGCCAUGAUCUCGGUUUUCCUCAUCAAUUUAUCUAAUCUGGGUCUUGUUUGGAAGGCUUUUCAACGCAGCUUAGAGGCUAACAGGACAUGGUGGUCUAUAGUUCAGGGUGUUGCUUCCCCGGCCAUAACCUCGUUACUUUAUCUGAUUCUCCCCAUCAUUUUCCGAAGACUGGCCAUCAAAGCUGGUGAUACCUCCAAGACUGCCAGAGAACGGCACGUCACAGCGAGGCUUUAUACAUUCUUCGUCUUCAACUUUUUGAUUGUUUUCUCAAUUUUCAGUACCGCCUGGACAUUUGUCGCCAAUGUUGUCAAUGGGACCAACAACAAGCAAGACGCCUGGAAAGUCAUCGUUGAAGCAAAUUUUGGACAAGCACUUUUUACGGCCCUUUGCGAUAUCUCGCCUUUCUGGGUCACUUGGCUAAUGCAGAGAAAUCUAGGUGCGGCGGUAGAUUUGGCUCAACUAUGGACACUGAUGUGGAGUUUCUGCGUUCGAAAAUUCUCAAGUCCAACUCCACGAGAAAUCAUUGAACUGACCGCCCCGCCUGCUUUCGAUUAUGCCUCCUACUAUAACUUUUUCCUUUUCUAUAGCACGGUGGCAUUGUGUUAUGGUGUGAUCCAGCCUUUAUCCCUUAUAGCUUGCGCUUUUUAUUUCUCCUUGGACCUCUAUUUGAAGAAGUAUCUUCUUCUUUACAUCUUCAUUACCAAGACCGAAUCUGGAGGAAUGUUCUGGAGGAUGUUUUUCAACCGAAUGGUGUUCGCUACCAUAUUAUCUAACCUGGUUGUGUUUUUAGCGGCAUGGGUCCAAGGAGAUGGACGGCACAUGGAAGCUUAUUGCGUCGUUCCACUACCAUUCAUCAUGAUCGGCUUCAAGAUCUACUGUUCUAAAGCUUUUGACGACAAGAUUCAUUACUAUACCCAAAGACAUAUGCUCAAGGAUCCUGAAGCCACUCGACACAACAUCUUCAGCGCCAAGAAAGAUAAACUUCAUUCUCGAUUUGGACAUCCUGCCCUCUAUCGUCCACUCAUUACCCCUAUGGUCCAUGCCAAAGCCCAGAAUAAACUGGCAGCUGUAUACGGAGGUCGACUUACAGAUGGUAAUAUCGCUGGCUCAACCGAAUCCGCUUCCAUUUCUGGAUAUUCAGAUACGUACGCCCUAGACGCGAUGCAAAACAACCAACCAGGCCGUAAAGCCAAAGCCGUCCCUGGUUUCGAAAUGGUUCCUGAAAAUCGUCUCGAUUUCGCGUACUUCAAAUCCCGCGCCGAGUUCGGCGAUGAACACGGCGGCGCUGGAAAUAUCUACGGGAAAGCGGAAGAUAUUAUACGCUCUGAUACACCCAGUUCCAUGGGGUUCGGAUCCGAUUCUCGACCUGCGACGCCCGUAGGUGGAAUGACAGGACGUCAAAACCCUCAACAGCUGUUCGCCGAUCCAUUUUCUCCACCUCCUGUAUCCUACGAUUUACAGAGUGAUGUAGGGGUGGGGAUGGGUAUGCAGACUCCGCCGCCUCUGAAUGCGAAUCAAAGGUUCUAUCAGCACUAUCGAAAUGAAAGUGAGGGUAAUCUGGUGAGCGAGGCAGCGGCGAUGGGUCACUCACCACCGCCUGCAUUUGAUGGUACUAGAGAGGUGAGGAGACCGCCGGGGUCUGUGUUAGGCUUUGGAGCGCAAGCCCAGGGAUAUGGCAACGUGCCGCAGCAUAAUGUUGAUGAAGUGGAGGUGGAUACAGGGGGUUAUGAAUUUUACCGAGGGGCGAGGAGGAAUCAACGUCAUCAGAGUCCUGGCCCUGGGCUUUGAGAUGUUGAUUCGUACGCAUCCCGGCUUGAGUGGUUUGAGAUUUCUGGAAGGGGCCCAAAAGCGGUGUAUGAUAUUAAUUUCUUCUUUGGGAUGAAGAAGGUUUUCACUUCAAUGGUCCGUUGUUAUAGAAGCGCGCUUCUUUUGCUGCAUUUUCCGUGGGGACUUGGGUGCAUUGGGAAAACGGAGUUUUUUUUCUUUCUUUCGGAGUUUUGAGCUAGCUGUUGCUAGUGUAGCUAAUGUAGCUAAUUGGCUGGAUGAAUGGGGUGG